AGACGCAGGCACGCCGGGCAGCCCAACGCGAAGUCAAGCACGUCCACACGCCCCAUUGCUGCGCGGGAGGCACCAGUGGGCCGCCUUGCAUCCCUAGUGUACCAGCGGGCUGCAUAGGACACGCAUCCGAAAGGACACGCAUCCGAAAUGAAGCCCUCGUCGGCCCUCAUCAUCGGCGGCGCCUACCUCUCCUACACGAUUGCGUCGUGGUCGCCGGAGCGCAGGGAAGCCGUGGUCCAAAUGAUAAGAGACGGCGUUUCCGGAGCGGUCAACGCGUUCCUCGAGGACCCGGUCGGGUGCCUGCGGCGGUUCUGGGACGAAAAAAAGCGGUCGCCGAUGCUCCUGCUGGCCCUCGCGUCGAAGCUCAUGGCCGACAACCUGCGGCGAAAGAGGCUGAAGAGGGAGGCCGCGGCCGCGCCGGCCGCGACCGCCGCGAAGCCGGCGGCGCCGGGCAGGAAGAAGCGGAAGUAG